AUGCUGUCGACGACGCUCGCCCUGCUCGCACUUGCACCUCUGCUCGCCUGUGCGCAAGACUUCAGCCUCAUCUACCCGACCGAGCGCACCCUGCGCAGCGAGCGAGGCGGAUCCUGCUUGCCUCGUCCCGACAACGCCUCGUCUGCGCCGUUCCGCACGCCCAUCCCGCUGUCCGGCGCGACCCCUGUCGUCCUGCGCACCACCGCGGACAAAUACACCGUGUACGACAGCGCGAUCGUCUGGGGCGAGAACCCGAUCAUCCUGUCGACCUCGGGCGGCAACGCGACGCUCGCCAACGGCACCGAGUACUGGUACGACAACACGGUCUUUGACGACCAGCGUGCGGCUCGAGAAGAAGGGCAGUUCUGCAUCACGUUCGACAUGUCAAACUCGGCAACGGCCAACACGACGAACGUCAAGGGCACGCCGCCGCAGAAUCCUCGCGUCGGCUCAGUCGGAACCCUCGUGGUGAGCUAUACUCCCGGCUCGAGCAACACGUCGGCCAACUCGCUCGUCUGCGCCGACGUCGUGGUCGUUGACGACUACUCGUUCCCCGACAACGUCACCAAGGAUUCGUGCCAGGCGCUACAGCCGGCGUCCGACGCCGUCACGUCGUCGAAUGGGAGCUCGGGCGCGUGGCGUGUGCGUGCUGGCGGGCUCGUCGGCGCCGCAGCAGUCGUUGUUGGGCUCGCCGUCCUCGUUUGA